CGAAACAAUCGAUAAUAAUAAGAUGUCUAACAAUGUGAAGGUUAACGAUAUAUUUGAGUGCUUGUGUCGCGCCCUAUCGAGAGACGCGAAAGUUAACGAAACCUCCCAAGAAUUUAGCGCGCUAAAUUCAAAUUGGGAGAGAGUCGAUUACUCUUUAAAAUUAAUUAAAAAAUACAAAUUAAGCCCGAAAUUCGAAACGAAUAAGAAAAACGAUUUGGUCAGCAUUCAAUAUCGAGUGCAAGGAAACACGGAGUUCAACGAAACUAAUUAUCAAUUAGCUUUAAUGUUUUACACAAAAAGCAUUGCUUUCGCUACAAAUAACAGCAAAGCUUUAGGUCUGGCUUAUGCUAAUCGAUCGGUUGUAUUAUUAAGGAAAGACUUUUAUGCGCAAUGCUUAAAAGACAUCGAUCGGGCUUUAAAUAACCAAUACCCCGAAGAUCUUGCUUACAAACUUGAAUUGCGCCGAUCAAAGUGCAAAAAACCCCCACGGCAACAAACCGAAUUAAGUUAUUACAACCCUCCACCUAUCAUAGAACACCCAAAUCAGCUCAUAAACUGCGCUUCAUCUUCCAUUAAAAUAAACAAAUCCGAAGAAUUGGGCCGGCAUGUACUCGCAGUUAAAAAUAUCCCAAUUGGGGAUGUUAUAGCCGUUGAAGAACCUUAUUCGAAACUCCUACUAAAGGAUUUUAUUUAUAGUUAUUGCUCAAAUUGCCUCGAACUUUGCUACGACUUAAUCCCUUGCGAUGGUUGCAUCUACGCAUUAUUUUGCUCCGAAAAAUGUAAAGAAUCCGCUUGGAAAUUAUACCACCAAUACGAAUGCCCCAUAAUCACAAUGUUAUACCACCUAGAAUUAACCAAAUUAAACCUGUUAGCUUUACGGAUUACUUUACAAGCGCGAGAUAUCUUUGGAAUCAUUGACAAAUUCAACAAAAACAACAAAGUUUAUAAAUCCGAUUCAUACGAAGAAAUCCACUUUUUAGAAGGAAAUACCCAUUUAAGAAAUAGCGCCGAUUUAUUCCCAAGAUCUGUAACAGCAGCUGUUAUAUUCAAUUUACUCGAAAAUCAUACGGAUUUCAUUAAAGACUUGAAACAACCGGAGAAUGAUGAAAAAACGGUUAAAGAAUUAAUUUUGAGGCAUCUACAAACCGGCCCGACUAAUUUCCACGAAAUAUCCGAGUGCAGAGAGGAUUAUUUCGGCGAUUUCGAAUCGAGUGUAGAAACCGGAGCCGGGGCUUUUUCAUUUAUGAGUUUAAUUAAUCACUCUUGUAACCCAAAUGUUCUCCGAGUUUGUCACGGAUCGAAAAUUGUGCUUCGUGCUUUAAGACCUAUCAAGAAAGGUGAAGAACUUUUAGAUAAUUACGGAUAUCAUUUUGCGGUUAAUAAUAAAAAUGAGCGACAAAGAGAAUUAAAACGACAAUAUUUUUUUGAUUGUAAAUGCGAGGCUUGCGAGCAAAAUUGGCCCCAAUUUAAUAAUUUGCAAGUACGUACAAAAGGUUUUGACAUAAACGAGGAUACUUUAGCUGCGUUGUUACACGGCGAUUUGGUCACAGCGAAAAAGUGCCUUCCUCUUUUUCAAUCGAAAGCUCAAAGCUCGGAGGAUUUAAGACCGUGUCGAGUUUUGGCUUCAAUUCAAGAAACUAUUAAGAGAUGUUAUGCUUUGUUCGGAAAUAAAUCGGAUCGGAUUUAAAAUUGAUUUGAAAUAAAUAUUUUUUGAUUGAUAA